AUGGACAAAAAGUACAUGACUUUCCAACCCUCCGUCGUGGAGAGGGCGGGCAUCUCGAUAUUCCACUUCAUCAACAAGUACGUUCCUUGGUUCAAGCUUCCCACUAUCAUUGGAGCCUUCAACCUCGCCUUCCUACGUAUUGAGCUUCGAGGCUAUAACCUUCACGACGGCUAUGCAGAUGCAUCUUACCAGGGCAACGAGGACAGUGAGCCGUUGAAGGACGACCGUUACUUGACCGCUCGCCACUCUGAUGGAAAGUUCAAUGAGCUCAAGAUGCCGCGCAUGGGCUGCACGGGAAUGCGUUUUGGUCGAAACUUUCCCCGAGAGCACACACAAAAACCAACUGAAGAGGAAUUGUGGACGCCUAACCCGCGAUACAUUAGUGAGCAGUUCAUGGCUCGCAAGGAGGGCGAUUUCAAGCCCGCAACCACGCUCAACCUUCUUGCUGCUGCUUGGAUCCAAUUUCAGACUCAUGAUUGGUUUAACCACGAGAUUGAUCAUGGUGGUGAAUCGUUUGACGUACCUUUGCGUAAUGGAGAUGAAUGGGAGGGUCACAUGAUGCUUCCCAAGACCAAGCCAGAUGCCACGCUGCAUCCGUCCGACUUGAAAUGCCCUGGUUACAAGAACAUCAACACAGCAUGGUGGGACGGAUCACAGAUAUACGGGUCCAACGAGGAGCUGACAAACAUGUUGCGAAAUGAUCUUCCCGAUGGAAAGCUGCGUCUGAAUGCGAACAGCACUGGUGCCUUCAUCCCUCGUGGUGAAGACGGAAACCCUCUCACAGGCUUCAACGACAACUGGUGGGUCGGUAUGGAGAUGUUGCACACGUUGUUUGCCCUGGAACACAAUUCUCUUUGCGAUAUGUUCAAGAAGGAGUAUCCAGAUUGGACUGGUGACCAAAUUUUUGACAAGGCCCGGCUGGUAAACAGCGCCUUAAUGGCCAAGAUUCACACGGUCGAGUGGACGCCGGCCAUCCUCGCCCACCCCAUCUUGGAGUUUGGAAUGAAUACCAACUGGUGGGGGGUCGUGGGAGAGAAACUCACUAGGCUCCUCGGCAGAGUCUCCAAGGACAGCGAGAUCAUCUCGGGCAUCCCAGGCUCAGGGGUUGAUCAUGACAGGAUCCCCUACAGUCUGACCGAGGAGUUCGUGUCGGUGUACCGAAUGCACUCUCUGGUGCCUGACAAGAUCGCUUUCUUCGAGGCCAAGGAGGGCAAGCACCAAGCAACGAUACCUAUUGUGAAUCUGACCUUCAAGGAUGCACAGAAGCCGCUGGACCAAGGACUCUCGUUUGGUGACCUGUUUUACUCCUUUGGUAUAAACUAUCCCGGAGCCAUCACCAACAAUAACUACCCCAACUUCCUGCGAGACCUGCACACCCCCGAGGGUCUCCACCGGGAUAUGGGAACCGUAGACAUCCUGCGAGAUCGCGAGCGAGGCGUCCCUCGGUAUUGUGCCUUCCGCCGCAUGCUUCGCAUGAAGGUACCGGCAACGUUUGAGGAACUCACAGGCGGUAAUAAAGAGCUUGCUGCGAGGCUCUCGGAGGCGUACAAUGGGAAGCUUAAGGCCGUGGAUGUCCUGGUCGGUUCCCACAGCGAGCCAUUGAUCCCCGGCUUUGGCUUCAGCGAAACAGCUUUCCGCAUCUUCAUCGUCAUGGCAUCGCGUCGUCUUACGAGUGACCGAUUCAUCGCCGGACAGUGGAACAAGGCGACAUACACCAAGCAAGGUCUGCAUUGGGUGCAGUGCUCGACAAUGAAGGACGUCCUGAUUAGACACUUCCCGGGGCUGGGAGAGACACUAAAACAUAGUAAGAAUGCGUUUGCGCCAUGGGUGAAGAAGGAGGGGUCGAAGGGGUAUGAUGGGAUAGAGACGAAUGCGAAGUAG